AUGAAAAGGAUUUGUUUUGUUUUAUUUUUUCUAAAAAAUGUUUCUUCGAGAUCAACUGGGAAUAAAAAAGAAAAUUACAAAAGCUUGUGUUCAGCAGAGCCCUGUUUAAACGGCGGAAAUUGCACAGAAAUCGGAUCUUCCUACACUUGCUCUUGCCCAGGAGACUUUUUCGGCGAUAAUUGCGAAAAUGACCCUUGCUCUUGGACGCCCUGUAUGAACAGCGGAACCUGCACUGUAGUCGGGUCAACUUACGAAUGUGCCUGUACAGAAGGAUAUGAAGGCGACAGAUGCGAGAUAACCCCAUGUUAUCAAGUCUACCAAUACUUCUACUCCCCUGAUGGAAACAAAGCGAUUGCUGGACCUUGCCUCAACGGCGGAAUAUGCGUCAACAACCCUCCGUCUGGCUACAUCUGCCUCUGCUGGGGCUUGGAAGGAAUCCACUGCGAGAUCACUCCCUGUACUCCAGAACCGUGCCAAAAUAACGGAACUUGUUCUUUCCCAAACUCAAAUUCUUACGAAUGCACUUGCGCUGAAGGCUACUCUGGAUUCAAUUGCCAGAUUGGCCCGUGCAAUGACGAUCCUUGUCAAAAUGGCGGAGUCUGCCAAGAAAUCGGGGCGGAAUUUGAAUGCUCUUGCGAAGGGGGAUUUACUGGAGUGACUUGCGAGAUCCCUCCGCUUUCCACAACUAUUUCGUCCACAUCGACGAUUUCGUCGACUUCAUCCUCUGUCACUUCGACUGCAGUCUCGACAACAUUGCCCGUUUUAACGACAUCAUCAGUCUUGUCGACAUCUGAAGCUCCAGUAACCUCGACAAUCGGCGCGUCGACAACGAAUUCUGCCAUUCAAACAACAACACCAUUGCUUUCGUCCACCACAAGCUCAAUACCACCUUCAUCAUCAACCUCAUCUGCUGUUUCCCAAUCCACCUCUUCCUCGCUUGCAACGACCAUCUCCUCGACGCUUCCUCCCCUCGUCGACUGGAUAAUCUGGCGACUUGGCGAUGAUUUUCCAACAGAAGUCGUCAACUCCCUCCUCGGCGCUUAUGGCUGUGCAAGUAGAGGUUUUCCGAAUGAUCCAUUUGCUCAUUCUCUAGGCUGGCCUGUGGAUGGAAUUGACAAAGUUUUGCUAAGAUGGAAGAAAUGUAUUCGCUGCGCGAUGAGCGUGGAGUUUGAUGGAAGAACGGAAGUCCCGACGUAUAUUUGGCCUGAAAGCGAAAUUUGUGAUAUGACUGGACUUGAACGAGAAAUCUGCGAGUGCGACAAACACGCGGCAACCGAACUUUUACAAUUUCAAGACGAAAAUGGAAACCUUCUCGCGACAAACUCAAAUUUCGACGAGUCCCUUUGCAUAAAAGGCCCGAACGAAGGAGAAGGGUUUGGAAGAGACGAGUUUUGCUGCAAAAAGAAACAUGGGGCCUUCCAGAUGUACAAUGCUCAAAGGAAGAGAAUUUCAAACAGGAAAAUGGUCUCGAAAGUCGACGAUUUUGAAAGAAUUCCAAGAGGAAAAAGCUUAGCGGCUGUUUUAUUCAGGAGUGAUACGAAUCCGGUUAUUCAACGAGCUCUCAGAGUUCUCGCCGAAAGCAGCGCGCGAGACAUAAAAGAGACGAAUGAGAAAGUCAUCAUCUACAAACCAACAUAUCAAUACUGCGCCGAUAACGAGCGACUGAAGUGGAAGCUCGAUCUGGCGGAAGCGCGGCUGAGGCGAAAAGAAAGGGAAUUGGUGACGUCGGAUUAUGAAGAAGAAAGAGGUCUGUUUGACGAGAAGCGGCUCAGGCGAAAGAACAAAAAAUCUGAGUCAUUGGCAGCUCUAGAAAGAAUUGAGCGCCGAUUAUCCAGCGUCGAAAAAGCUCUGCCGGAGAAAAAAUAUAUUACCCAGCUAAACACCUCUCUUGAAAAAACUCUCCCUUCAAACUUCGGAGAGCCCGUUGAGCUGGCAAAGAUCAGCACGAAUCCUCCCGGCCCGCGAGUCCAUGAGAGCAAGAUAACGAUCGUUCCAAACUACCGAUCCCGAAGCCGAGGCCGAGGCCGUUCAAGAAGCAGAAGUCGAACUCCGAAAUCUGUUCUUGAAUCUUCUGUUGAGCGACUUCGGGCGUCUUCUGAACGAUCGAGUCGGAUUUCUAGAGCAGAGUCUGAGACAAUCGCGGCGAAAAACAUCGAGAUCGGAAGUUUGAAAGAGCAAAUUCGCACGCUACAGAAUCAGAUCUCCCAAACACAGUCCACCCGCUCGAUUGCGCUCUCAUCGUCUUCCGUUUUUGUCGAUGAUGAUGGACCGCCAAUGAAAAGAAGUGAGAUCAAUUCGUCAAGUCAGACAAGUUUGAUGAAGCAUCUGGACGAAUUGCAGUAUGAAAACGAAAGUUUGAACAAUACAGUCAGAGAGCUGCGAGAUCGACUGAUGCUGCAUUCCCAAGCCGAUGAUUCGGAAAACGAAACCGAAGAGCCCGAAAUCGAAAAAUCCGAAAACUCCGCCGAGGAAAAAGCGAAAAAGCGACUUGCUGGGGAUCAUCUUACUUUUGUUACGAAAAUAUAA